UGACAUUUAGGUGACACAAACAAAACCAUUCAAUUCUGUUGGCUAAAGAAACUUCAUAAAUGAGUCAUUUUGUUAGAUUUGCUUAAAAUUCUUAUAAAAAAUAAAUAAAAUAUUUGAAACAAGUGUAUCCUCGAACUAAACAUGGGGUUAUUCGGCAAAACUCAUACCAAAGAUCCCAAAGAGCAGGUGCAAGAAUGGACGCACAAAAUUCGAAAGGAAAGCAAUCAACUGGAUCGCCAGAUACGUAGUAUACAGCGCGAGGAGGAGAAAGUGAAGCGUUCCUUAAAGCAGGCAGCAACAAAAAAUGAUCGGGACACUUGUGUCAUCCUCGCAAAAGAAAUUGUGCGUGCACGUAAAGCGAUAAAUCGUAUUUACACAUCUAAGGCACACCUUAACUCCAUACAGCUACAAAUGAAGAAUCAAUUGGCUACGUUACGCGUGGCCGGCUCGUUACAAAAAUCCACAGAAGUAAUGCAAGCUAUGCAGAAUUUGGUACGUUAUCCAGAAUUAGCCGGCAUAAUGCGAGACAUGUCGAAAGAAAUGAUGAAAGCUGGCAUAAUUGAGGAAAUGCUCGACGAGACAAUGGAUUCGCUGGAAGAGUCUGAAGAGAUGGAAGAGGAGGCGGCAAAGGAAGUAGAUAAAGUCUUAUGGGAAAUUACGGAUGGUAAACUUGGUGAAGCACCGUUACCACCUGAAGGUAUCGCCGCCGAAAAACAUGAAGUACCCGCUGCCACAGUAGUUGAAUCCGAAGAUGAAGCUGGUGAAGAGGAGGAAGAUUUGCAAGAAAUGCAAAAUCGUUUAGCAUCGCUGCGUUCAUAAGCGCCUGUAGUGGGCUGUUGAAAUACGCUGACGUAAGCGCCGAACGAAUGGUAAUAUAAUUUUAAGUUUGUUUGCGAACACUGCUGAAAAACAGGUCGUUUGCGUUUUUACGUGCACAUUUCAAUGUUUCGAAGCGAAGAAUAAAAACUUUUACAACGGAAGCAAAAAUUUCAAAGAUGAAAAAAAUUUAACAGCUAAAAAUCUCAUUUGCAAGUUUUGUAUAUAUACAUAUGUACAUAUAACUUGUAAGUCUUUACAUUGGCAAUUUGAAGAAAAUUUAUAACAUAAAUUAUUUAUAGAAAAAUAUUUUGCACACCAAGUGUACUUUCGCUGUAACUUCAGUUGAAAUUUAACAUUGAAGGCUAAUCUAACAAUUUAAGUAUUCCAUCUAAUAUUUAAUAAUAUUAAUAAAUAUUUAUAAAAUCAAUUACAUAACUUAAUGAUAUAUUAACGAUUUUGUAAGUGAAAGAGUAUAGAGCUUUCAUGACAAAGGCAAAAUUUAUUACUUAAAAUAUACAAGUUUUAUUUGUACAGUUCUUUCUGUCUUUACAUAUGUAUGCGUGUGUAUUUGUUUUGCAAUAUUAAAGAUUUCCUAUGUUGAAGAUAAUUUAUCGAAAA